AGGUGGACUAUUGUAACAUGAACUGGGGUGUCUGGUAAUGUCUGCCAUUAACAAAAUAGACAAAUACGGGGUUGACUUAAGAUGCUUCGGCUGAGUUUGGUUGUACUUGUGGAAGAAGGUUGUAAUAUCUGGUGAGGCUAACUGUAAAGUCAUAGAGCGCGGUUGAAUCAAGGUGACGCCUUUAAAGGGUUUCAGGAAAGUCCCAGGAGGCAAUAUAGUCGAUAAGAUCCUCAAGGCCAUAAGGACCCGUAUCAGUACCAGUAGUAGAAACUCAGAGGAAUACCCAAUUUCUGUAUUCCAGAAGUACCAUAAAGAUGGAAUCAGAGAAUACACAACAUUCCCAGAUUGUCGAGAUCCAUGGAGAUGCUCCUGGUGAAGAGAUGAGUGUGGGUGGGAGUAAAAUUUGUGGGGAAGCACCGUGUGGACUGUCGGAUGUUGGACCAAAUUCUAAAGAUUCCAAAGAACGAUCAGCUGCCAUGCGCAAGCUCUUGAUAGCAGUGGUACUCUGUGUUCUCUUCAUGAGUGUUGAAGUGUUUGGUGGCAUUGAAGCCAAUAGCUUAGCAAUAUUGACUGAUGCAGCACAUUUGCUCUCUGAUGUUGCAGCCUUUGCCAUCUCCUUGUUCUCCUUGUGGGCUGCUAGCUGGGAAACCACUCCCCGUCAGUCUUACGGCUUUUUCAGGAUUGAGAUUCUCGGUGCUUUGGUUUCUAUCCAACUCAUAUGGUUGCUUGCUGGGAUAUUGGUGUAUGAAGCCAUUGUUAGAAUGAUUAAUAACACAUCUGAGGUGAAUGGUUUUCUGAUGUUUCUUGUUGCUGCAUUUGGUCUAGUGGUUAAUAUUGGCAUGGCUGUACUGUUAGGUCAUGAUCAUGGCCAUGGCCAUGGACAUGAUGAUCAUGAUCAUCACAGCCAUGGAAUGACAUUUUCUACUCAUCAUCACCAUCGCCAUGAGGAACACUCGAAUGACGAGCACCAUCAUGAUCAUGAAGAACACUCGCAUGAUGAACACCAGCACAGUCAUGAUGAUUAUAAACACAAUGGUGCUGAUGAAGGUCAUGCUCAUGAGCCACUCUUGGACAAGCCAAAAGACGGGCAUGGCCAGAAGAAGCAACGGAACAUAAACGUGCAGGGAGCUUACCUUCAUGUUCUUGGGGACUUGGUUCAAAGUAUCGGUGUAAUGAUUGGUGGGGCCAUCAUAUGGUACAAGCCGGAAUGGAAGAUAGUUGAUUUGAUUUGCACCCUAAUAUUUUCUGUCAUUGUUUUGGGGACAACUUUCAAGAUGAUGAGGAACAUACUCGAUGUACUGAUGGAGAGCACACCAAGAGAGAUUGAUGCAACAAAACUUGAGAAGGGGCUGUUGGAGAUGGAAGAAGUGGUGGAAAUCCAUGAGCUGCAUAUAUGGGCAAUCACAGUUGGGAAAGUCCUGCUGGCUUGCCAUGUGAAAAUCAGACCUGAAGCAAAUGCAGACAUGGUGCUGGACAAAGUGAUUGAUUAUAUCAGAAGGGAGUACAACAUCAGCCAUGUGACUAUACAAGUUGAGCGUUAAUGAGCUCUUUGAAGGUCAAGAUCAGGAUACUGUGAAGGAUUAAAUUGAUCAUAUGGUUGCAUAUAUACUCUUCUUAGAUGAGGGUCCAGAUUUUUAGUAUCAGCAUUGAUGCCUAGGCAGUGCUUUGCUAAUCUUACCAAAGAUGCAUGUUUUUGGUGCCGAGUAAUUAUAUUGUGGUUAGGAGAUGUAGAAUCUGUAGAAGCGCCAGCUUGCAGCCACCUUGAUUCUUAGUUUCUUACUAUCACAAGCAUAUGGGAGGUAACUGGUUCUCUCUCAGUGAAAAUAUAGUGAAAAGUGCAUGAUGACAAAAUAUGCAUCGGUUACAGUUGAUUUAAUUGGUCUAUAACAAUUUGCAUGACAUUGUAAUAUUACUCAACUUAAAAUUGGAAUUGGCGAAUUGCAUAAUAGUGUCUUGCAACUCUUCUAUUUUUAAGGCAAUGUCCCCAAUGACUUGAAGUUUGAGGUAUUUUUUAUUUAGUUUGUGAAAGCAGUUUGUAAGCACAGCAGACUUUUCUUCGUGAGUUGGCUAAGAAAAUCUUUGUGAAUCACCCUCGGCCUCAGAUUUAUAAAAAAAAGAAGAUAUUUUGAGUUUGAGUUCAGUUUGUUUUUUACUCUUGAAUAUAAGGGUGAUCAACAAAAAUUUCUUUCGUGUGAGCAGACCAUCUUUCUUUUGAAGCACACUCAAAACAACUGUGAUAUUAUGGCUAGGCUAGGAAGGACCCAAAGAAUCUAAUAUCUCUAUUCAAUUGAUUUGGCAUAGUCGAACCUUUAAAUGCUAUGACUUGUUCAAGUCUCCAGUGGUAGCUUGAUGUUAUAUUUUGAAUCCUCAUGAGUCAACACUCAAGACCUAUAUCAAUGCUGGGGACCAGACCACUCUAUCCCUCCCCCCUUUCUUCUACCCAGACACCCAGUCAACUCUCUCUCAGUCAAGAAUAUACACACACAUAUAUAUCCCAUAUCCUAUCUCAACCAAUCUGAGACUAUUUCAAACCUUCAUUUCUCAUCACAUCCCUUACAGCUUACCAAAUCAAGUGUUAAGUACUUCUGCCUGGAAUGUACCUGUGACAAGUUUCACAAUUUUAUAAGAAAAUCUGUUCAUAUUAACAUGGCUAUGUCAACAGUAUAUCUCUUAAACUUCGAGCCUAUAGAAAAAUGGAGUACUUGACAUCAGAGAAUGAAGAUAGCGCUACUUCCAGAAGUAGAGAGAAGCAGGUUCUUGACACACUCAAUCUCUUUCCUCAUUGGAAAUCAGCUACCAUGUAGGAGCUAUGUGAGAAAGCACCAGUUUUCCAGGGUUUUAUUUCUUGGGAUAGAUUUUAUGUGUUACAGCUAUGCCAGAAAGCACAAUUUUACCAGUGUUUCUCUGUGGCUUUUAGGUUUGUGGCGUAAUUGUACCAGCAUGUGUGAUUAUGUUCCUGCUCUAGCCUGCCACAUCAAACUUGUAUGAACCUGAGUCAUGCCUUUUGCUUAAUCAACAAAACCAUAUGAAGGCUGACUGGUGAUGAAUGUGCUGCUUUUCGAUCAGCAGUGAUUUCUCGAAUUCCACAGCUGGUUGAUUUAGACAGAGAGGGUGCAUUUAUCUUGGUUAUCGACCAUUAUACCAGCGAAGAAGGUGCUCUUAUCAUAUCUGAACUUUGCUCCUAUCCAAGAAGCCUGUUCCUUUUCCUAAAAACUGUGAUUAAGGUUCGCAUAUCUGGCACCCUCAACUUUUCAAGUUUAAUAGAUGACCAACUUGUGGGAACAAAGAAUCAAUCAAAAGAACUUCAGGCUUACUAGCUUGCAAAGGAUCUCCAAUUUCCCAGAGAUUUUGGGUAAUAAUCCUGUUAAUGUGAAUGUUGAUAUGAUUGAACUUUCUCUGGAGGUGUUAGUCAAUUCAAACCCAUUUCAGUUCUCAAUCUCAAUCUCCUAGAGAGUUUGAUGGUUAAUGGGUGGAGUACUGUGUAAUAUUAUGCUUUGCAUAUAGGAUAAUGGAUGCUUCAUCAUUCUUGUUGGAAAUGAUUGGUGAUGUGUGCAGUGCUCUUUUGCUUAGACUUUCCACCUCCACAUGGUUCUGCUGGAACGUACAGACUAUUUCAGCAAUGUUUUGAAAUUGGAGGUCAAUGCCAUUGCCAGUAUAUUGAAUGCCUGUAUUGGGUUGUGCCAACGGAACCAUCUUUUAAAUCCCAACGAAUCAGAAUCAGAAUCAGAAGCUCUGUGGUUUAGCUUACUUGAUAUGGAAGUUCCAAAGACUUGAAUACAUAUAAUAUAUAACAGUGAUUCUAAAGGUGAUUGUAACUUAAGAAUAUUGUUCACUUGGUUCAUCAACAAAAUUGUUGAGGGCAUGAAAGGAUAUGUUCUCCCUCAAACUAUCUUUUCCAAACUCCUCUCUGAUCACUGUGGCCAGGAACUUGGUGAUAUUAAAGUCAUUAUACUGGAGAUGUUUAGCAUGUAUGGCUUCGAGAAAAAGAAAUCUGGAUACUACCAAGUCCAUUGCAUUGAAUAUGCUGAAAAUUGGGCUUCUCAUGGUUAUGUGCCUCGGAGUCGAGUGCUGUGUAUGUGAUUGCUUGCUUGACAACAGCUCGUCCAGCUCCAUUAGCAUUUUCAACAGUGGUCACGCAACACAUCUUCAGUGUGAAGUUUCAGAGCAUGACACAUCAAGUAGUAUCUCGUCCUCUGGAUGCCCUGUUUGUAUUUCUGAGAAGAAAUCUCAUCGACAGCACCUAAAAGAGUGUUCAUCGAGACCACAACAUACACGUCAAUCAGCUUCUAACCACCAUGAAAGCAAUGCAUCAGAGAAUAAUGGACUUCAGCAAAUAUUACGGGUAUAACAACUUCUUAUUAUCAUUGCCAUUCUCAUCAUUUUGUUUCGUUUGUUAUUGUCAUCAUUUAUGUUUCUUGGACUUCUUUUUGGUUUUGAAAUCUAACCAAGGAACUGGACUUGGAUGUUGCAAUUUGAGAUCUUGAACAAUUGGCAAACAGACCAAGGAUUAGGGGAGAUUGAAAACAUCCCUCAGUUGAAGCUUGAUCUGCCAGCUGUGUAUCAUGAAAAGGUUCCCAGAUUUAUAACAUGUAGAUGACACUAAGGUCACAUACACCAGCAGCAAGUAGCAGUACGUAAUCUUGCGAGUAUUGUCCAGAUCCCUCUGUUGAAUUGUUACUUCAAAUGCUUGGCAUUAGAACAUUGUUAGGCUCAGACCCUCUUGGGGAAACCUCAAAACUCAGAAAUGAUCCUUCGUGUUAAUUUUUGCAACCAUUUCGUGGAGGUCUUAUUGCUGGAAGGUCAUGACCCCGAGUUUUCCAGCCCUUCGCAUGGACCAACCAAGACUAACCAUUCUGUUUUCUGUACCAAUUGCCUCCAAUUGUGGUGACUCGUGUAACUGCCAUUAGAGCAGCUGAUACUCAACAUACUUGUUAAAAUCUCUUUUAACAACCAGUGGAAUUUUGUAUUCAACUGUUGGUUAAUAUGGACUA